AUGAGCCCUGCAUCUUAUGUGGUGGACUUCAAUGCUACGGACCAGGCCCAUCCACAGAACCGGUCAACAGGACGGAAACUGACUAUCGCGUUGAUUCUUUCAUAUGUGACCUUUGUGUCAGCCUUCGCCAGUGCCAUCUUCUCGACCAUCCUCGAAGCACUGGAAGAUGAGUUCCAUAUCAGUGAGGAGGGGAUAACCUUCUAUGUGCUGGGAUUUGCGACCGGCCCGAUUCUAUGGGCACCUGCUUCAGAACUCUACGGUCGUCGAUGGCUCAUUCUCACGGGCAUGUUUGGCCACAGCGUCUUCACAAUCGCGACGGCGACGGCGAAAUUCGUGCAGACCUACUUGGUCACGCGGCUCUUUGCCGGCUUGUUCUCUGCCAGACCGGUCGCGACGGUCCCUGCGUGUCUUGCCGACCUCUAUGACACGUAG